AUGACGCACAUUAGUGCAGAGUCCGGCGCAAGGGAGUCUUUUACGACUGAACCCAAAACCUCGGGUACCAGCACGGACAAACCAGAGAAUCGGCUAGUUGAGAUCGAUCAACCUGAAGCCAUUGAGGUCAGUACCGACACCGACGCCGACGCCGAAGCAGCAGAUGAUGGUACUACGCAAAAGAAGCCCUUGGGGUUCUAUCUCUCUUUCUUGGCUAUCAAUAUCCUCGUCUUUCUAUUUUCUCUAGAUGCUACUACUCUCGCAGUGGCUAUUCCCAGUAUCGCGCAAGAACUCCAUGGCAGUACAUUGGAAUCUUUUUGGGCCGGAAUCGCUUACUAUCUCGGCCUCGUUGUCAGUCAGCCCCUAUUUGCGAGUAUUUCCGACGUCUUUGGUCGGAAACCCCCGCUUUACGUAGCCUUCCUGCUCUUUACCGCCGGUUCUCUCUCCUUCUCCCUCGCCCCAAAUAUGGCUGCUGUCAUCGCUGGCAGGGUCGUCCAAGGCCUAGGUGGUGGCGGUCUUGAUGUCCUUGGCGAGAUCAUAGUUUCCGAUAUGACCACUCUGAAAGAGCGGCCUCUAUACGUCGGAAUCAUGGCCUUGCCCAUUGCUAUUGGUAGUAUCCUUGGGCCAACUAUCGGCGCGCUUUUCAGCGACUACGUUACUUGGCGGUGGAUUGGUUGGAUCAACUUACCGCUUUUGGGCAUCGCUUUUCCCCUAUUAGCCUUCUUUCUUCGUCUUCGGUCACUCGGCUCGUCGCUCGAUGCCAAACUGAAGCGCUUAGAUUGGAAUGACCCGUACUCAUCGGUUGGUAUGCGAUACGGGAUCCCUAUCAUUUGGGGUGCGGGAGUUGGUGCUCUACUCCGUCUUCUACAUCUUCCCAUGCAGGCAAGCGUAUCUAGCGUUGAUGACACUGGACAUGCGAUCGCCCUGUUGUUGACCUUCCGGUGUUUGGGUGGUCUAGUCGGACUCGCUAUUGGUUCGACAAUAUUCAGCAGCACUUUUGGGUCCGCGAUUGCUACGAUUGGGGAAUUGCCCGACUCCCUAAGUCUUCUCAGGGAUCCGCACAAUGCCGUCGCCUUUAUUCCAAUAAUGCGAACCGUAAAUCUUCCAUUGGAGGUCAUAGCACCCGUCUUACAAGCGUAUUUGUCAGCCAUGCGUGGCGUAUUCUACGCAAUGCUCGGUUUCUCUGGCCUUGGUUUCGUAUCAUCUUUGUUAACAGAAGAGUUGACUCUCCAAAAGACGGAACGCGGACGGCAGCACUUUGAAACAUGA